AUGGCAUCUCAACAGCUCACCACAAAGAUGCAGCAAGCAGACUUCUUGUUCUGCGAACAUGUUCUAGAGGAGUUCAAGCGCUUCAAGCACCGCAAGUAUGUCGCCUCUUUCAAGCAGCCUGUUGACAUAGUCACGGUUCCUACCUACCUCAACGUCAUCAGACAGCCGAUGGAUUUGUCAACUAUCGCUUUCAAGUUGGGAAGCGACGUCUAUGACUCUGCAGCUUCCUUCAAAGCCGACUUUGAGCUCAUGUUUGACAACUGCGACCGCUUCAACGCAGGUCAUCCCCCAAGCUCUGUGUACGAACAUGGUCGUCAGUUCCGCGACGAGUUCAAUCAAGUGUGGUUGGAUCAGCACAACUGGUUGAAGAGAGUCCACCCUGGAGUCUUCAUCCAAGCUACUACUGAAGAACAAGACGGCAGCAUGGAUGAACCUCUUCCUAAGAGACGCCGUCGCCAGAGUUCCCGCCUCAUCAACUCUACUGAGUCAUCUCCCACUCUGCCAUCACCCUACACUGCAGCUAGUGUGGUCAGAACUACUACCUCUACUCCCGCCACUCCUGUGUCUGGUCGCCCUAAGGGUAGAGCCUCUAAGGCCAGCACUUUCAAGCAUCCAUCCUCCCGCGCUCAAUCAACGUCGUCUACUGCCAAUCAGAUCACCGCGACUCAAACCAAUGCAUCACAGGCCGCAGAACUCCUUGCCGCUGAGCCCGACGCCACUGCUUCUGAAGCUGCUGAACCUGAUGUCAAGUCACCUGAUGGCACCUCUCCUGCCAACAACGACCGUUCUGGCCUUGACUCUACCAGCAACAACCCCUGGGAUGAAUUCCAAGAACGUCUCAGAUCCAUGGUCACCGAGGAAGCAACCAACCUCCUCAACGAUCCCACCAUCAAGCAUCCCAGCGAUGACCACAACAAACUCGCCAAAACUAUGUGGGAUGCCAUCUCUGCUGACAACAACAACCCCGCUCCCUUGGAAGUGGGCAAAGCCAGUUUUGGUGCUUGGGUCAGCCUUGCUGUCGAGGAAUUGUCAAAGGUGGCUAUCAGAGACGUCGGUAACCAGGUCCAGAACGAGACCAAGAAAGCUUUGAUCGUUGUCAUGGAGCGUCACUACGAGUUCCUUAAGAACAAACUUGAACGCCAUCACGAGGAGUUGAGAGCCAGACUUGAGGAUUGA